AGUGGCUCCGGUGGUUCGACAUCACCUCACCCGGCGUGAACGACGGCGGCUAAAGCUAGAUGGUACUUCCAGUCGGCAGCUAGCGUUAGGGAUUUGCACCUCCAGAGGUAGAGAGAUCGAGCCAGACUUUACCACCAUGGCUCUUUACGAAUAUGUCACCAAGGAGCAGUUGGCGGGUUUCGACAGAUAUAAGUACAGCGCCGUGGACACGAAUCCCCUGUCUGUCUACGUUAUGCAUCCUUUCUGGAACUUUUUAGUCAAGUUUUUACCAACAUGGUUGGCUCCGAACCUCAUCACAUUUACGGGUUUUAUGUUCCUCGUGUUGAACUUCCUCAUGUUGGCCGUCUGCGACUUUGACUUCACUGCCUCUUCUCCAGGAAACCCGCAUGUGCCUAGCUUGGUGUGGGUGGCAGCUGGGAUCUUCAACUUCUUAGCCUACACACUCGAUGGCGUUGACGGCAAACAGGCCCGUCGCACCAACUCCUCGACGCCACUAGGGGAGCUCUUCGACCACGGGCUCGACAGCUGGGCGUGCAUCUUCUUCGUGGCCACGGUUUACUCCAUAUUUGGGCGCGGGGAGAGCGGCGUCAGCGUCAGUACGCUCUACUACUUCCUGUGGGUGGUGCUGUUCUCCUUCAUCCUGUCCCACUGGGAGAAGUACAACACAGGCAUCCUGUUUCUGCCCUGGGGCUACGACAUCAGCCAAGUGACAAUCUCCCUGGUCUACUUGGUCACCGCUGUGGUGGGAGUGGAAACCUGGUACCAGCCGGUCAUCUGGAACUUUCUCUACAGAGAUAUUUUCACCUUUAUGAUCAUAGCCUGUUCCUUCACUGUGACGUUACCCAUGAGCCUCUACAACGUCUUGAAGGCUUACAGGAACCACACCCUGAAGCACAACAGCCUGUACGAAGCCUCCCUGCCUUUCCUGUCUCCCGUCCUCCUCUUCGUCUUGGCCACCACCUGGGUUAUCUUCUCUCCAUCCAAGAUCCUGGAGCUGCAGCCCAGGAUAUACUACCUGAUGGUGGGAACAGCUUUCGCCAAUGUCACAUGUAAGCUGAUCGUGUGUCAGAUGAGCAACACGCGCUGCCAGCCGCUGACCUGGCUGCUGGUGCCAAUGGCCGGGGUGGUGGCGUCAGCCGUCACGGGGGUCUUCACCAACGAGACGCUGCUGCUUUAUUUGUGGACGGCCGUUGUCAUACUCACACACAUACACUACGGCAUAUCCGUGGUACAACAGCUCAGCAAGCAUUUCAACAUCUUCGCGUUCUCGCUGAAGAAGCCCAGCCAGGACUGACAGAAGGAGGAGGAACGAAUCGGCCUGACGGCAGCAGAGGUUUAGGCUGCUCCUCCGUUCGGCUUACCGACACUUCACCCCUCACCACGGAAACCGAACCCCCUCCCCUACACCCCCCCCCCCCCACAAGGACGCUGCAAGUGAAACGGACGGUGGCCCUCCUCUCGCACACACACACACACACAAGACACACUCACACGCGCUCAAACACACAUUCCUAAAGAGACGGCUCUGACUCCGGUCACGGCGACGGGGUCGGCCCCGGGGCCUUCGGCUUCUGUCGCUGGUGAUUGGCCGACGCUGCUGAGCCAAUGAGGUGCUAUUGUUUCCUACGGAAAUGUUGUUCCGUUGUGAGGACAGGAGCCCGCGGGAGCCACGAGAAGACAAACCGUACAGGGGCCCUCAUUACCCAGAGCGUUCAAGAUCUCUUUAUCCUAACCUCACUAAUUAAACUGAAGCUAAUUUUAACCUCAGUCCUGAAUCGAGAUCUUAAACGUCAUCCAGUCUGCUCCAUUGGGUUGGGACUCCCGGACAGACGCGCUAAACGCAGAUUCUCCAGAUAAUCUGCGGCAGGUCUCUAGAUGCAGAGGACCCAGAUAGUGUUAUGAAUGUAUAGUAAUGUCCUGGGGGGAACGCCAUCUCAGUUUAAUUGUGUGAACAGGAAUGUCUGAAGGAGCGCUGUCGAUCAAACCUGGCAGCUCGGGGAACCCCCGGGCUCCUACAGGUCCAGCUUCGUCCAGAAUUUAACCGUUUGGUCAAUUACUUUGGUUUUUUUUUUAAUCUUCCAGUGCUUCAUCUGUGAUAAAUGUUAAUAACUUCUUGUGUAUAUAGAUAUAUAUAUUCUAAGAACAUUGGAGUUUGUAAAAUUUCUGUAAUGAAGCUUAUUAGAAGGACUUCCUCCUGUAAAAGAUUGCGUACAUUACCCUCUAAUUAAUUCUACCUUGGUGCUCUGCGGUGACAGCGGAGUGGAUUAUUGACUAACUGGGACAAAAUUCAAUCAGGUUAACCUUUACUAACCUCCCUUUGUUUUACCUGGGUGCCAGCUCUCCCUUCCCUCCUGAGGUGUCGUGAUUCGUUCUUAUUUCUUUUCUUUUCUUUUUUUUAUUUGUUUUUUGCUACGCUUGUGUCUGCGGUAGUCGCUUUGUCGCGCAGCGCUUGAAUGAAGAGUGCGUCCAAAAACCACUAGUGGAGCGGACUCGCUCUGAGGGACCAAGCCUUCGCACGGGACAGCGCAAAACCACUUCACGCCGCCUGCCGCCAUGCAGAUGUGAUCAUGGGUUCUCCUACAGUCUGGCUGCAUUAUUUUUUUUCAUUCAGUUAAACGCCAUUUGUCCUCUUGUCUCUGAGGCGGAGGGCGUUUAUUUCUGACGUUUUCACAGAAACAAGGUUUAGGUUCGUUGAGACGGACCUAAGACCCAACUGAGGAUGCACCAAUCGGACUGGACCUGAUGCCGAUUUUUUUGUUGUCUUUUCUUAGAGGCGUGGCUUCAAAGAAAACCUUCGACUGAUUGCUCUUUUUCCCUCCGAGGACAGCGGCGCAUAGGAUAAAUAAAAGGUUCUUUUUAUAGAGGUAGUAGUUCUGAAUCUAAGAGCAAAUGAAGGGAUUGCAACGGUACCUCCUUUGGCAUCGAUGCAUAUGGUCGUUGAAUGAGUUUACAGGCUGAAAAUGUAGGAGGUUCUAGUUUUGAUCAAUUUAAAGAAGAGGGGGAAAAAAAAUCCAAUCGGAUCCGAUUAGAGGAAAAUUGGCCGGUUCCAUUUCUGGAGGAUGGAUUGGUGCAUCGCUACAUGCAACCCAUCUGUUGCGUUAAAAAGUCAGCAGCAUCGAAGCACUGAAUGUGCGUCUGUGUCAGGAUCAGUUAAAGAGUUAGAUUACUAACGUUGCCUCUGGAGCUGUGAGUAAUGUGGCUGCCUAUAAGUGCCCAUUCACUGUUAAACUUAUUUCCCAUACAGGGCGUAGGCCCGGUACCGGCGUCAAGUUAUCCCAAGGUUUUAAGACGUUCCAGUUUAAAAGCUGCUAAAAUCUUCCAUCAGACCGUUCUCCUUCACGUCCUUUUAUCAAGAGACACCGUUGGAAUGGUGAGAAUUUUUUUCUCUCCACAUGUAUGACUGACUGGUCCCUCCCCCACUUGUUGCUGUGCACUGCUGGUCAACUGGCUUAAAGAAGGAUCCUACGCUUUUUCCUCACUUAUACGACGGACAGAUUUGGCUUUUUGUUAGUAGCUACCUGAAUAGAUAGCCUGACUGAUUGACCUGCUUCUAUCAGCUUGUUCUGCCUUGUUUCCUUAUCAAAAGUAGGACAUCACGAAGGGAGUUUUUUUUUUUUUUAAAU